AUGUUCAUUCAAAACUUCAACAAGCUGUCAGAGCUGCGGCAGUACGAGGGUUUUUUGGUGAAGAAACGUGACGGCACCGUUUAUGAAGGCAACUGCUGGCCUGGAGACUCCACCUAUAUCGAUUUCAUCAAUCCAGACGCACGCAAAUUCUGGGCUGGCCUAUUCGCAUUUGACAAGCGCUAUGAUUUUUCUACCAGUAAAAAGUAA